AGAACAAAUACUCCUAAAACUUCUUAUAUAAAGUAAUAGUGUAGCCAAUGUGUACUUGCACAAAAUCUCUGAGUAAAGCUUUUCCAGUCUUGUGCAUAGAUCUGUUCCCUCAUGGAUUAAUACUGAAAACUCGUGUCUGUUAAUCAGGAUUAAAAGGCAAGAUGCUCGUGACUUUUGUAUAGGAUUUAGUGGAUUGAAGUCUAAUGUACUGUCUCAGCACUGGAAUACCCACGGAGGGUGCUUCCACCAUGAUUGCAAUACUUGAAUAGUGCUUCAACUCCAGUGAAUCAUGGCCAUAGAACAAGAAUGGUGGCAGAACAAACUGGCCGAGGACAUAUACGCCACUCUCAAACUGAGGGAACAGACAGUGCCUGCGCUGCAGGGAAACUCGACGCAGCUGUGGAUGCGGCGCCACCUGGUGGAUUGGCUGUCGGAGAUUGUUGGGGAGCUGGGGGUGUGCGCCACUGCCCAGCACCUGGCUGUGCACCUGCUUGACCACUUCAUGGAUGGACUGGAGGUGGAGAUGGCCUACCUGCACCUGGCGGCCCUCACCUGCCUCCUCCUUGCAGUGAAGUUUGAGGACCACUGUGAUCGUAUCCCCCACAUCAGCAGGCUGAACUCCUAUGUGCACGUAAACCAGUACAAUGGGGGUCAGCCCUACACGGCCCGGCAGUUUCUACAGAUGGAGCUCAACAUUCUCAAGUUUGCAAACUUCGAGCUCUGUAUCCCCACCGUGCCACACUUCCUGCCAUACUUCCUUAAGGUAGCUGUGGAUGAAGAUGACCUGGUGGACGGGGCUCCCAUCUCCAGCAAGGGCCUGGUGGAGACCUACCUGCACAAACAUGCAGCGUACUUCCAGGAGAUUGUCUUACAAGAUCACAUGUACAGUGAGUACUGCCCGUCCCUAGUGGCCGCAUCGUGCGUGGCGGCAGCACGUAUCUGCCUUCACCUCACCCCUACGUGGCCCAAACAGCUGGAGCUCAUGACUGACUUCUUCCUGGAACAACUGCUGCCCUGUAUCAAGAACAUGCUAGGGACACACCAGCGUGAUUCCAACAGCCUUACCAGCAGUUCCCUAGGUUACCUCCCCUCCUUCAUGGCUGAUGCCCAGAGUUACCCCCCUUGCUACCUGGUCACUCCCCGGGUACAGCCUGCUGUCCAGUCCCAGCAACAAGAAGGCUCUGUGGUCAGCAGUGUCCAGUCAGAAGCCCACACUGGCCGAGCGGUCAGCAAAGGGGUCGGCAGUGGUCAGCGAUACCAGCCCUACCUGAAGACUGCUGGGAGGGGUCAAGCUCGGAGAGGGGGCACUGAACUUGCCCAUCGCCCCACAGCCUGUGUUAGACGAACGGCUGCUGUCCACCCACUGCUAUGUCUGCAGCCUUUAGUAUCAGACAUGUAUGCUAGUGCUAGUGCUGUUGCUACCUAUGGUGCUGCUGUGGACAUUGGUGCUGUUGUGAACCCUGGGACCAUGCUAGCCUACACCAGUGGCAUGGCGGUGCCUCAGCUCUGCCCUCGGAUUCGGGGAUCAUAGGGGGUAUAAACUGGCAAGAACAUUGGGACCACAAAACUGGGGCUAAUAUGCACUUAGAUCUUUGUUUUGGGAAAACUGGGGGUAAAACUUGACAGUCUGCACCGGCUAAUCCGCGAUGAUGCUUUCUUUCUUAACUGGAUUUUUUAUACGAAUAGUUUGUUUUCCAAAAGAACCAUGAAACUGGAAAAGCGUUGUCCCUGAUAAGCCUGUGCAGACUGACUUUGGAUCACUUAGAUAUGCCCAAUCACAAUAUCCUUGCAGGGAAUUUUUUGAGGAUACCCAAAGCUUAGAUCUUUCAUGACUUACCAAAGUUCGGCAUGUAUGAACUAGGGUCUAUGGAAAAUUGAAUGCAGAUGGCAGGUGUUAUGCUACUCCAAAAGGAUACGUAGGGACUCAGGUGUUGUGCAUAUAUACCUGGUUGGUUGUAAAUAUUCGAAUCCUGUGUAAACCAAUAGGUUGUGCUGUCAUUUGGACUCUUGGAGGCCAUAUGUGAGGCAUAUUUAACACUUGGGGGACAAACAAAUCGAAUGAGGACAGGAUCAGUGUUCUUCUAUAAGUGAAUUAGUGGUACUAGAUAUACAAUUCUAGAGCUGGGUUGCUUUUUGUGGUUUCUGUUCAACUUGAUAGGUUUAACAGUUUUAUACAGCUUAUACUUUUUACUGUUGUUAAAUAUGUUCAUAGUGAUGCUUAGUUUUUUAAAUUGGUGCAGAUGUUGUACAUACUAGGGUCUUCUGUUGAUAUUUAUUCACAAAAAAACACAUUAUGCUAGUCUUUCAACCCUGUGAAUAUAAAAUUGCGAUAUUUACACAUUUUAUGUGAAAGUUUUAUUCAGAUCUCAAUGUCUUUGUUCCAUGUGUAGCGAUAUUAUGUAUUUUACUGAUAUUUGAGUUUUUUUGUUUGUUUGAUUGAAUCAAUGUGUCCUGGUUGGCUGUGACAUCCCAAAAUGUUCAGUUGCAUUUCUUUUUUGCUAAGCUGUUGUGUGAUGUAUGCUCAUUUUUUACUGUCCAUAUGAGAUGCUUCAUGUGAAAACGGGUCUUAUGGCGUAUGCGUCUAGGGUAGCUCCAGUCCAGCCUGCGCAAUGGCGCAGUCUGGUCAGGAGGUAUCAUGUCCACUGAUGAGAUCACUCAAUCUUUAGUUGUUUAUAGCCCACAUAGUAGCUCCAGAUUAGACUGCUUGAGAUCACUCAACGUCUAGUUGUGUUUAGCCCACAUAGUAGCUCCAGAUGAGACUGCUGGCAUGGGCACACUGGUCUGGAGCUACUUUGGACACAUAUGUUUUAAGACCCAUUUUCACAGGACGCGAAUCAUGCUGUCGAUAUGAUGAACACAUAUUAAGUUGAAACUGCUGUUUCAGUUUAACAUUUAGAUGUGUAUGUUCUAUAUUCCUUAACGACUAAAUACAGUGACUUUUUAUGCCCCCCCUUCAAAGAAGAGGGGGUAUAUAUUUUUUGGCCUGCCUGUCUGACAUUGUAUGUGUGUGUCUGUCUGUCCCUAAACUUUAACCUUGGUCAUAACUUUUACAAUGUUGAAGAUAGCAACUUAGUAUUUGGCAUGGAUGUGUAUCUCAAGGAGCUGCACAUUUUGAGUGAUGAAAGGUCAAGGUCAUCCAUCAAGGUCAAAGGUCAAAUAUAUGGGGGGGCAUAGUGUUUCACAAACACAUCACUUGUUUUUUAUUGUUACUAUGAAUGUUAUAGGGAAAGUUGUCUGUCAAUGUAAGGUGCCAAUCAGAUUCUGUUUAGUUAUCCCCUGCCAUAGGCGGAGGGAUAUUGUUUUGGCGUUGUCCGUCCGUCUGUCUUUUUGUCCGCCCGGAGCCAUAUCUUGGAAGUGCUUUGGCAGAUUUCAUUGAAACUUGGUAUGAGUAUAUAUAUGGAUAAGAGGAUGAUGCACGCCAAAUGGCAUUGUACACCAUCUGUUAAUAACGGAGUUAUGGCCCUUUGUAUCUUGAAAAAUUGCUUUUUUGAGUGUCAAAUAUAACACUUUUGUGUCCAGAAGCAUUUUGGCGGGGGAUAUGAAUUCAACGAAUUUGCUUGUUUAACAUGCAUUGUUUUGUUUUUUUGCUAGACAUUUUUUUAAUCACAUUCUGUAUUAAAUUUGUUUUUUACAUUUAUUUUUGCCUUUAAACGUUUAAGCCCAUCAAUCACUUCACCAAAAUAAGCACGUGUAUCAUAAUUAUAAUGAGUCAAAUGCUGUUACUUGUUGUUUACAUGUAUUGUCUUUCAACGUUUAAGUCCAUCUAUCACUUUACCAAAAUAAGCACGCGUAUCAUAAUUAUAAUGAGUCAAAUGCUGUUAUUUGUUGUUUCUAUAUAUCUUGUUGUUUAAUGUUAAACUUGCACAUGUUUGUUGAGAUUAAAUAUGCAUGGUCCUUCAACCAAUCAAGUGUUUUACAGGGACUAUAUGAGCAGUACAAGCUAGCCAUUUUAUUAAUUCUUUCAGCAUUGUUGCUCUCAACUUAAUAUAAGUCUCGAAGACAAGAUACCUGUAGUUCAGUUGGUCUGUAAUAUCCAUAUAAGCCUCGCUGUGGGAAAAUGGUAUUUAAUGCAUGCCCGUAAAGUAUCGUCCCAGAUUAGCCUGUGCAAUAUGCACAGGCUUAUCAGGAACAACACAUUCCCCUAAAAAUGCAUUUUUGCUUAACAGAGAUGUCCUUAAAACGAAAAAUUCAAGAAAAGUGUCUGACUGCACGGGCUAAAUUGGGACGACACUGCGCACAUGAAUUAAACCCCAUUUUAUCAGACUCUGAGAAGACAACUCAUAUAUAUUAUGUUGCACAUAUUUUAUCAUGUCUUUGUUAUGUACCAGUGUUCUAAUUCAGUUUAAACUUAGUCAGAAUAAUUGGUUUGGAUGACUUCCAGCCUAUUGGUUGAUUUUUCAGAGGUCAUUAUUGAAGGCAUGAAGGAUGUAUGAAAUAAGCAAUAAAAAAAAGCAAAGUUCGUACUAGAUAAUAAAGUUGUAUCACCUGUGAUAUAACUCAAAAUACCACAUUUUUAUUGUAUUAUCUUUGUGAAAGGGAUUUACAUGCUACGUACUUGGAUUGCAUAUAAGCAGGUUUAUUUUCAGUUAAUUUUUCCAUGUUACUAAUACAAAUGCAAGUGUUACUGUCAUGAUGUUGUUUAUAUUAAAUUUGUACACUUUGUCAUGAACAUAUUUGUGUGAUGCAUUAAC